GCUAACUGUGUGUUUUGGCCUGGCGAAAAAGACAGAGGUGCAUGCGCAGUUGAGUUCCUUCUUCCUCUUGGGUUUAGACGUCUAAACCGGUCGCUGGGCUCUAGAGUCGAGGCAAGACUGAAGGAGAGGGGCCUGGGCUGAGCCCACCCUAUUCCCUUUGGGGAGCAAACCUAGUGCUGGAAGGUCUCUCUGUUCAAUUUUUCUCUUUGGCAGGUGGCUAUGUCAGCUGAGGCAACGGCUGAUCAGGUCCCACCCCUGGAGAACUGUGCUCCCCUGGUCCUAACCCAGCAGCGACGGGAUGGCGGAGCAGUAGCCGGUGUGACUUUUGAUCUCAAACCCCUCAACCCCAGCAGCAAGUAUGUCAAGCUGAACGUGGGAGGGUCCCUGCACUACACGACCGUGCAAACCCUUACCAAGCAAGACACCAUGCUCAAGGCCAUGUUCAGUGGUAGGAUGGAGGUGCUCACGGAUAGUGAAGGUUGGAUCUUGAUUGACCGGAGUGGGCGCCAUUUUGGAACCAUCCUGAACUACUUGCGAGAUGGCUCCGUUUCCCUCCCUGAAUCCCAGCGGGAGCUGGAAGAAGUGCUGUGUGAGGCCCGGUAUUACCUGAUCCAAGGCUUGGUUGAGGACUGUCAGCUCGCCCUACAGCAAAAAAGUGAAGCCUUUGACCCCCUCUGCCACAUCCCAAUGGUGACAUCUCCCAAGGAGGAGCAGCAGAUCAUCUCAAGCUGCUCCAAGCCUGUGGUGAAAUUACUGCAUAACAGAAGUAAUAACAAGUAUUCAUAUACAAGUAACUCUGACGACAACUUACUGAAGAAUAUUGAACUGUUUGACAAACUAGCUUUGCGCUUCAAUGGACGGGUGCUCUUCAUCAAAGACGUCCUUGGGGAUGAGAUCUGUUGCUGGUCGUUUUAUGGGCAGGGCCGCAAGAUCGCCGAAGUCUGCUGCACCUCCAUUGUGUAUGCCACCGAGAAGAAGCAGACCAAGGUGGAGUUCCCGGAGGCACGGAUUUUUGAGGAAACCCUGAACAUUCUGAUCUACGAGACGCCCCGCGUGCCAGACAAGGCCCUCCUGGAGGCCACCGGUGGGGUUGCAGGUGGGGGCGGAGGCCCCCUCCGCACCGGUGACGACGAAGACGGGCGGGAGCACCGUGUCCGGCGUAUUCAUGUCCGCCGACACAUCAUGCACGACGAACGUCCCCACGGCCACCAGGCGGUUUUCAAAGACUGAUCCCGCCUCAUUCCCAGCGUCCUUGUCACUCUAUCCAUUCAGUGCCAAAGGAGAACCUGUUUCCUCCUUUUGAUCUUUUACCCCAAGGUCUUCCCAAUGGUGUUCAUAUCCUUUCUAACCCAUCUCACCUUUAGGGCUUUUUCCCCCUGCUCCUUUCCCUUGACUUCACCUCCCUGAGUCCCCAACCUCCCUCUAUAGUGACAGUUGACACCUUGGCCCACCCUCCGUUUUACCGGCAUGUGUCCCCCCCCCCCCCCAAUCCUUAAUGUUUGAGUCAUAAUCCUAAAUGCCCAGCCUUCCACUUCCCCUCGAACUCAGAUUCUCUCCCUGUCUCAUAAUCCUCAAGAUCAGCCUUCCUCAACGUGGGGCACUCCAGAUGUGUUGGACUACAACUCCCAGAAUGCCCCAGCCAGCUCGGCUGGCUGGGGCAUUCUGGGAGGUGCAGUCCAACACAUCUGGAGCGCCCCAGGUUGAGGAAGGCUGCUCAAGAUGGUCCUUUAUUCACAACCUCUUUGACCCAGAAUAGCUUCCUUCCAGACCUGAGACCGCCUGACUCCUCACCGCUCUCUAAACUAGUAUCCGGGGAACAACAUGAAUACCAAAAUAGCAAAGCGUACCAGUGCAGGGAUCCAUCACAUUUUGGACUUCUACUGUUGGUGACUACAUUUUGGAACGCCAAUUUUGACUUCCUCUUUCAGAGGUCAAGGGCACGGUGCUACCUAGACAGGGAUGUGCCCAGUUUGUUUGUUUCAAUAAGCCAACUCUAAUUCCCCAGUCCAGAACCUCUGAAUUCUUUGACCUCCGUCCUUCUUCCUUACAGAAGAUUUUAUUUUCAAUCCGUCUCCUCCAGCCCUUUGUUUCUUUUCACUUUGUUUUAAUUUAUCUGUCUGGGUGGGGGGGGGGGGGGGAAACCAUCUGGAUUUAAGGUAAGACUGAAACGGUUGUUUUAGAAUGGAAUAGCUGAAACUGUAAAGCAUAUUCCAUUUGAGCAAUAGUUUGGGUUUUUUCUAGAAUAUUGUAAACUAGACUUAGCCUCCUGUUAGCAGUGGUGGCUAAAUCCAGUUUAAAAUAAGUAAGGAAAAAUAUUUUUUGUGUCGGCCUUCCCACUAGAACACGCAACAACCAAAGGCAUCUAUGAGACAAGUUUUCUUGUCUGUUGUUACCCUGCUAGAGAAGCUCUGGGUAUGGAAACAGCGCCCACCGCCCCCCAGUCAAAAACACAGUUUGACAUGGUCUCCCUUUAAGUACAUGUCCUGGUUCCAUUUGAAUGCUCCCCUCUCACAAUACACGGCAUGACCCACCCCCAUCUGUAUGUAAGAUGCUUCAAACCCACCUUUCUGAAACACCAGAAUAUGUGGUCAAAUGAUUCCCCCCCCCCCACAAACACUCUCGCCACAAUCCAGUGCAAAAUGUAAGCAUAGAGUUUUGACCUCCAUAUUUGUCCUCAUCUUUCAACCGACAGACUUGGAGCACUGAUUCUCUUCUCCCCUCCCCCCGGGAAUACAUUUUGCUCCCCAUUUAUUUCCAUAGGGAACGGUACAGUAUUUCACCCCACCUUCAGCAAAAUGUAAGAUGGGAAAUUCCAACAGCCCCUUGAAACAGUCCUUUGAUGGAACGGGCUUGGAUAUUCCUGAUGAUGUUAGAGGGGAGGGGAAGGUGAGAUUGUAAUGAACCUUUGCAUUUUGUAAAAAUGCAGACUGGUGAAGGUAAUUUUACUGGGGAGAAGGUGUUCGUUCCCCCCCGGCCUUCAUUUUCUUUUUUCUGUAUAUCCUCCCCUCCCUGGAGGAGGUAAUCUUGCAUUAAUAAUUGUAUUUUUUUUGUAUUUGCAUAAUUUAUUUAAAAUUGUGUUUUUUCUAUUAAAUUAUUGUGAUAAAGGUUCCUGCUUUAAA